UAGAGGUUUGUGUUUUUUCUGCCUCCCUACUUCCCUGACGGUCUAGAUCUUCUUGCUUGCUGCCUGGGGCAAUUUGAUCCUAUCUCUUGGUCUUUGGUUCUAGUUAUUUUUGAAGGUUGGCACCUUCAGCUUUUUCCCUCUCAAUUCUCCAUUCCCCGCCUUCUUGGUGACUUGCUUCUAGGACAGCAAUGCCAUACACCUACCGGGACUCCAGCCCGCGGCCUCCUCCAGUGCCCCAAAGCGCUCGUGCCACACACUCCACUGGCCAAACAUACAAGGAGCUGAAAGCUGAAUGCCUUCAGAAAGGGAUACUCUUUGAGGACUGUGAUUUUCCAGCCAACGAUGCUUCCCUUUUCUUCAGUGAGAAGCCUCCUGUCCCCUUCGUAUGGAAAAGGCCUGGGGAAAUAGUUAAAGACCCAGAGUUUAUUACUGGUGGUGCCACAAGGACUGAUAUUUGUCAAGGAGAUCUUGGUGAUUGUUGGUUAUUAGCAGCCAUAGCAUCACUUACGCUUAAUGAAAAGACAUUAGGCAGAGUUGUGCCACAGGAUCAAGAUUUUGGACCUGGUUAUGCUGGUAUAUUUCAUUUUCAGUUCUGGCAACACAAUGAGUGGCUGGAUGUUGUUAUUGAUGACCGACUGCCCACUUUCAAAGACCGUCUGGUUUUUCUCCACUCUGCUGACCAUAAUGAGUUCUGGAGCGCCUUGCUGGAAAAAGCCUAUGCCAAGUUGAAUGGAAGUUACGAAGCUCUAAAAGGUGGAAGCACAAUUGAAGCCAUGGAGGAUUUUACAGGAGGUGUCGGAGAAAUGUAUGAAGUUAAAAAGGCACCAGAAAACUUCUAUGAAAUCUUGGAAAAAGCUCUUAACAGAGGGUCAAUGGUGGGCUGUUCUAUUGAUACCAGGAGUGCCGCUGAGACUGAAGCUCGAACCCCGUAUGGACUCAUAAAGGGUCAUGCAUAUUCAGUAACAGGUAUUAACGAAGUCAACUACCAAGGACGGAAAGUGAAGCUCAUUCGUAUUAGGAAUCCAUGGGGUCAAGUGGAGUGGAAUGGUCCUUGGAGUGACAAUUCCCCAGAAUGGAAUUCUAUCAGUCCAUCUGAGAAAAAGCGUUUGUAUCAGACAGCACUAGAUGAUGGAGAAUUCUGGAUGAAGUUUGAGGAUUUCCUGGCACAUUUUGAUAAAGUUGAAAUCUGCAACCUCACACCUGAUGCCCUUGAGGACAACGUUGCGCACAAAUGGGCAGUAACGGUCCACCAAGGCAGUUGGGUUAGAGGUGCCACUGCUGGAGGGUGCAGGAACUUUAUUGAAACAUUUUGGACAAAUCCACAAUUCAAGAUCCAACUAUCAGAAAAAGAUGAUGGAAAAGAUGGCUGCACAUUUCUGGCGGCUCUAAUGCAAAAAGACCGCCGCAAACUAAAGAAACUUGGAGCAGAAAUGCUAACAAUAGGAUAUGCUAUUUAUGAGAGCCCGGAUGAAGAUGAACAGUUGACAAAAGACUUUUUCCGCUACCAUGCGUCCAAAGCCAGGAGCAAAACAUAUAUAAAUGUGAGAGAAGUCUCUGACCGAUUUACACUACCACCUGGUGAUUACAUUAUUAUCCCUACCACAUUUGAGCCACAUCAAGAGGCUGAUUUCUGCCUAAGAAUUUUUUCUGAGAAUAAAGCACUUACUAAGGAAAUGGAUGGAAAAGUUGACAUCAACCUGCCAGAGCUUCCAGAACCAACACCCCAAGAAGAAGAAACAGAAGAAGAGAAGCAGUUCCGAACAUUAUUCACACAGAUUUCAGGAGAGGACAUGGAGAUCAGCCCAGAGGAACUUGAAUAUGUUCUGAAUGCUGUAUUGAAAAAAACAAACAACAUCAAAUUCAAGAAAAUAAGUCUUCUUUCAUGUAAAAAUAUAAUUUCCCUAAUGGAUUCCAGUGGAAAUGGAAAACUGGAUUUCAGUGAGUUCAAAAUUUUCUGGGAUAAACUGAAAAAGUGGAUUGGUAUCUACCUCCAUUUUGAUGCAGAUCACUCCGGCACCAUGUCUGCCUAUGAACUUCGUCUUGCUUUAAAAGCAGCAGGGUUUCAGCUUAAUAAUUAUCUGCUUCAGCUCAUUGUUCUCCGAUAUGCUGAUGAUCAGUACCAGAUUGAAUUUGAUGAUUUCUUAAACUGCCUAAUUCGCCUAGAAAAUGCCAGCAGAGUGUUCCAGGCAUUAAGUAUGAAAAAUAGAGACUUCAUUAACCUGAAUAUAGGCGAGUUUAUCAACUUGACAAUGAACAUUUGAAGACCUCCAAACUGUUUUUCAGUCAAACAACAAGGAGCCUCUCAAAUUAAAUCUGGAAUUUUUCCAAGAACUCUUGAAGAUGACUUUGAACUUUUUAUUUUCAUAUCGUCCACCCUUUCUUAUAUUCACCUUGUUCCCGCUGCUAUUUAAAUUAUGCUUAUGUUAAAAAUAUAUAUGGAUAAGUACUUAAUUGGGAGAUAAUGUUUACUACACAGUGAUAUAUAUUAAAAUGUAUUGCACCUCAAUAAAGUUCCAGUCACACAGAAUGAGAACAAUUACUGCCAUUUUACAAAAUACAAUUAUCUCAGUUCCCAGUAAAAUUGCCAGACAGAUGAA